AUGAGUAAUCCCGUUGAGGAAAAUGAAAGUGUUGGGAGGGAUAUAGCAACAAGUGAGGUAAAACUUGUAACAGAAGAACUUAUUGACGUAAAUAAAAAAUUUGUAAAUGAAGAAGAAGAGGAGUAUAUAAAAGAUAGUAAAAGGUAUUUAUAUGAUGAAGUGUCUUACAUAAAUAGAAUCAAUACAUUUAAAAUAUGGGUAAGAAAACCUACACAUUUGUGUUCACUUAUUUUAGCUAGAAAUGGUUUUAUAUGUGAAAGUGAGUGUGUUAUAAAGUGUGAAAUGUGCAAAUGUAAAUAUGUGUAUGAAAAAAAUACUUAUUCAAUGUAUACAAGAAUAAAUGAUUUGUGUUUAUUGCACUUAGACAACUGUCCAUGGAAAAAUAAAAUCAUGGAUUUAUCUGUCUUUAAACUUGAUGAUAAAUCAUUAAGUAGACAAAAAAUUUUGGAAGAAUAUGAAAAUAACACUAAGUUGAUAAAAAGUUCUUUAGUUAAAAUACCACUAAUAAAUAUUAAAAAAACUAUCAACGAUUUAAUACUUAUUGUUAAAAAACAUCUAGAUGAUGAUAUAUCAAAAAAGAAAUUUUUAAUCUUUAAUUCUCAUGUAGAAUUUUUUAAAAAACAUUUUAUUCAAAUUUUUUUAAAUAAUAAAAGUGUCAUUGAUGAAGGGAUAGAAAAAAUUAAAAAAAAUUAUAAACAUCUCGAAAAGAACAUAAUAGAUAUGAAUUACUUAAAUAAUUUACAUUUUGAUCUAUUUGAUGUUACCAAUUAUAUUAAUAUUUUAUCCGACGACGAAUAUUCUACUUCAUUACUAAUCGAUGAAAAGGAAGAUAUUAAUAUGUAUUAUAAAAUAGUAAACAAAAUGAAAAACUAUAAUUACGAACAUGUUAAUAUAUUUAAAAUAAUUGCUUUACUAGGUUGGACUUGUAAAGAUAAUCCAUAUCACAGCAAAAAGUACUCAUCACAUAUUCUUUUGUGUAGGUAUUGUUACAGAGAAGUGGACAUUUCAAAUUAUUCCUUCUUGUCUAGUACAGAUAACGAACUACAUCUAUUUAAGGAUUACGACGCAGAUAAAGCAAAAGACAUUAUGGAAGAUUUAGAAAAUAAGAAGCGCCACCGGAAGGAGCGGCGGGAAAAUGCAAAUGCUCAUGGGAUGAACGUCAUGCAGCGAAUUUUCAACUUAAUAAGUGGUUAUGUUGACAAGGGGGGUGAAAGCGCUAUAGAGGAUGGCAAAGAAGAGGAUGGAAAAGAGGAGGAUGGCAAAGAAGAGGAUGGAAAAGAAGAGGAUGGAAAAGAGGAGGAUGGCAAAGAAGAGGAUGGAAAAGAAGAGGAUGGAGAAAAAGAAGAUGGAGAAAAAGAAGAUGGAGAAAAAGAAGAUGGAGAAAAAGAAGAUGGAGAAAAAGAGGAUGGUCAAGAAGAGGGUGGAAACAAGGCGGGUGCCGUAAAGGACGAUGACGACAGAGUGGAUAACGGAAAAGAAGCUGCCCCUAGGGAUGAUAGCACAAUAAGUGAAAUGGAAAAUCAAAGGUUAACCAAAGAUACAGAAAGUUCUCUCAAAUGGACAUUAAAACAUUUUUUUCUUCCAAAAAAACGUAGUAAAAAUUUGAAAGAGAAUGAAGAAGAUAGUAAUACUUCGCUUAGUAAAAAUGAUAUGGUUGCUAAUAAUAAAAUAGAGGCUAACUGUUCAGAAUAUAAAUUGUAUAAAGUUAAACUUUCUUUAAAAGAUUCAAUGAGCAAACUUUUUUUAGAAAUUUGUAGUUAUAUGGACGAUGACAAAUUUUUUAUUAAAACUUUAUAUGACUACUAUACUUUAACUACUCCUCCAAUGGAGUAUAUCAAUGAUGAAGGCAAUACAAAUAAAGAAAAAAAGUGCUACUACAUUCGUCCGUUUAAUGCUAUUGAAAAUCAUAGAAUAUAUUGCCCUUACAUAACAGAAGAUUUGUAUGCCUUUUCAAAAAUUACCAAACUACUUUUCGAAUUACUUAUGUCCGAAUUUGAGAGGAAGUUCGAGUUCAAGUGA